GAGGUGACGGUGUUCCCCAAACACCGAGUGGAGCUGGAGGACCCCAACGUCCUGAUCUGUUAUGUGGACAAGUUCUGGCCGUCAGUGAUCACCAUCACGUGGCUGAAGAACGGGCAGGAGGUGACAGACGGUGUCCUUGAGACCGUUUUCUACCCAGGACGGGACCUCACCUUCCGCAAGUUCUCCUACCUGCCCUUCAUCCCCACCCGGGGGGACUACUACGACUGCCGGGUGGAGCACUGGGGGCUGCCCACCGCCCUCCUGAGGCACUGGGAACCCCAGCUGCCC